GAUACAUGUUCUGUUGAUCCCGAUGACCGUACUGACUGCGGGUGGUAUGGCAUUGAUGAGGAGACAUGUGAGGGCAGAGGUUGUUGCUGGGACGAGAAUUACGCGUACGCAUUAUGGUGCUUCUAUCCCAAAGGUUAGUGCUAAACCAUUUAACGGCAACAAUAAAGAAUGUAGAAGAAGGAAUACUCGUGGUGAUAGCAAGGGAGAGGGGGAGGGUGGUCGAGGGGGACUUAGGUACAAUAAUAGAGAGAUUUAGAUUCGAGGACGAGGACGACUACGAGGUCAAAAUUGAGUUCUAAGUUUUCUCCCCUGUUCUUUAAAAAUAAGCUCCCUGGAAAAUUGUACUUUCUUUUUUUCACCACCAAAGUUAGCUCGCUUAUUUCCGUUGAGGGAGGUUAAGCCGUCUUCCGAUCGCCGCUAAAUGAUAAAAUUCCUAACAUUUGAUAACUUGUUUUCGCCACUACGACUCAUUCACUUCUCACUAAAACUCGUAGGAGAAUAACGAUGGCUAACACAUUUUCCCGCCAAAACGAUGUUGGUUCGCGUGCACACUCUUUAGUAUUGAGGAAAUCUCGUUCUCGUAGUCGUCCUCGUCUUAGAAUCUAAAGCUGUCUAGUUUCGGGAAGGUGCGAAGACAAAAUUUGUGUUGGAGGCAUCUUCACGAUAGAAAUCUUAUUGUGGCCAUUUUGGGAAUGACUUCGAAAGGGCAAUUCUUGGGAGCUGAAAAAACGUACAAUAUCGAUGUGAAAAAAGCUUAAGUGGUGGGUAUGAUUAAGCUUAAGAACACUUUUCGCCACCCUGCCAACAGAAUCUUUCUUUCGCUUACUCGAUUUGGCAUACUCGAGAAAGACUCUGCACGAAUCGUGUAAGAUCUUUGUUGAGGAUGCGCUGCAUGUAGCCUCCCACGUAUGCGUUUUAAAGGAAUGGUGCAUGUUGCUAGGAUACAGUUUCGAACCCAGGCCUAAUAGACGUGCGCUUGGUACAGAGGGCUCGGUUUUGACCUUCCGCUUAUACAGCGUUUUCACAUGACGUCACGGCGGCCAUACUAGGGAGCUUAAGCAAAGACGUUUUUGAGCAACGCACGACGUCAGGUAGAAGUGAGGUAUUUUACUUCUCGAUACUUCGGUGGAGCGCGAAGUAAAGCAUCCGCGACGCCCAGGAAUGUCCCAAAGUUGCUUUUUUUGGGACAAGGUUGGGCACGCAAAGUCCGAAGGUCUUCGGUCUGGAUCGGCUAUUUGACGAAGUGAGGGCCGAAUUACUUUGGGAUAUCUCGAGAUCACUUCGAGUUCUCUGAUUUAUUAUUUAAUUUAUUCGUGGAAGAAAGAAUUAUGAUUUUGGCUUGCUUAGGGUUUAAACCGGCUAACGUGUGACCCGUCAUAUCAGAUAACACUCUCAACUGAGGGAUUAGCCGAUUGCGCCACUGCGACGCAAGGUAAUAUGAGAUGUGAAAAAUAGCCAUAAGUUAUGCACGAUGCACGAGAAAAGAUUCGGCAGGCAAGUUUGUUACUUGUCGGCUUGUUUCUUGGGUAUUUGACAUAGUGACGCUGUAAUGAGUUGGAGAUAUCGCGAGAUCACUUCUAGUUCUUUCGGCUUCAAUAAAUAUUUGAGGCGGAGCGUAAAGUAUUAGAGGAUUUGCGACGCUGAAGAAUGUCGUAAACUUGCAGUUUGCUUCCGAAGUGACGCCGGAAGUUGUUCGAGAUAUCUCGAAAUCAGUUUUCAGAAAGUCAAGAUUACAUAAGUUAUAUGCCUUCAUGGAAAACAUUUUGGGGUCAGAAAUGCGUAUAAAGUUUGAGAGUGAAGAGAUUUUGAUUACUGGAGAUUAUUGCAGCAAGAGCGAUUCAAAACAGGAAGGUCGAGGGUAAGGAACGGUCGUUUGCGUUGCGUGUAGACGAAUCGAUUCGGAAAGCGAUAGAUUGUCAACAAGGAGAAGCAAAACGCAGUUACCGUGGUUUAGUAACCUUUCUGAUAAGCAUCAUCAUCAUUGUUCUUCUUUUAGUUUUGUUUGGAAGGGUAGGUUUUUUUUACUUGUUUUAGUAUUGUGUGUUAUUGUUUUUCAUAAAGCUUAUGUUGCGAUGUUGUGGAGAUUGUGCAUUUUCAGCAAGUUUUGUAAGGGAGUGACUGAUGUUAUUCAUCUGCUGGAGAAGGUGUGGAGUUAACUAUCCACAAGGAAAGUGUUUUUGAAGAGGAAACAAGGGAACUGAGAUCUCGUCGUGCGCAAUUUAUUUAUGACAAAUCAUAAUCGAAACGCGGGGUCAUGCACCUAGCAGACUUCCGAUGAAGAAGUUAAAGCGACAGGUUCACAGUUAAGCGCAUGCUCAUUAAUCAAAUUACUUUCUUCCAAUUUAUUAUUAAUUCUAUCGGUUAAUAAUCCCACUCACAUGUAUCUCAGCGAUCUCAGAGUGUAUUUCCAAACAAUGAAACGGCGGUCAUUUUGGUGUUCCAAACAAAUCCUGUGGGAGUUGAACACUUUUCUUCUGUGAACGACUCCGUUUGUUCCAAUUAUUUGCAUGGAUGCUGGACACGUGCGUGAAAACGCUCUAGAAACAACUGAUCCUACUGGAACAUCGGAAGAAAAACAUGAUGUGUAGAGGAGAGAAAAAAAUCCAUCAAGGCACAAGGAUAAGAAGGACCUCAAGUCUAUUCUUGAGCUACAACUCACAUUCGUACUCGGACCUUUGAAGUAAAAUAUCACAGGAGAUCCAAUACUUAACAACUUCCGCCGACUAAUCUUAGGCGAUAAAAAGAGAAAAAAAUGAAGAACACUUCUGCCGGCUACGUUAAAAAAAUUACCUAUGGCAAUUCUUACAUUUUGCAAUCAUAAAAUAUGCACAAGCAUCUAAUUUCUUGCGUUGGCAAAUCUCAUUUUUUCGCUUUUUCUCGCAGACAACAAGUGCUACGGAAUCAAGCCUGAAGAGCGUGAGGAAUGUGGCUAUUUUGGAAUUCAACGCUACGAAUGUGAAGUCGAUAACGACUGCUGUUGGGUUGAAAGUAUGAUUCCUUACGUUCCCUGGUGUUUUAAAGGCAAACUACCCAAGAAAGCACCACCUACAGCACCUUCCAAUAUAACCACUGUUGAACCAACUGAGGUGCCUUCUAAUGUAACAACUGCCGCACCAACUACAGCAUCUUCGAAUCAAACAGCCGCAGCACUUGCUGAAGACGAGCAGGCAUUUGAAGAGGCACAUACUGCAUAG